GCGCGCCCUACGUCCCCGUGCGCACGCGUACCUGGCUGGACCCUUACUCUCGCGGGGAUUACAAGACCUGCGCGCGCACCCACGCACGUAGCGAGGCGUAGGUCCACUUUCCAGUGGACCUGGGAAAGGCCUUUUUCUGGUCCGUCCGCGCCGCGCAGGCGCACGUUCGCGCAGCGCCUCGACGCCCACGUGAGCGUCCGGUCUCCUAGUAACCAGCCACCACCCCUUUUUCAUCAUUUAGUUCUUACUACCUGCGGCCGGCAGCCUCACGCGGAAGGGACGCGCAUGCGCAGGCUUCUGUGUCCUUCCGCCACCUUCCCAAAGCUCUGGAACACCUGCUGUUUUGCUGCUACGACUUUGGGCCACUUUUGCCAGAGAUCAGGCACCGUUCUGGACCCACGUUCAGUAAACUCCUGGUUCCCCAGAGCUGCUCUUGGACGCUGGGAGGUCGGCGCGCCCUGCCGCCGCAGCCGGGGCUGGGGACGCAUCCCAGAUGAAAUAGAUAACUAGAUUUUUAAAGCUGUGCUCUGAUUAUCUUGACUUAGUAUUCGCCUGUGCAUUUCAAAAGUAAUUUCACAUUUGAAGAGACUAACAGUUCCUGUUUUUGCCAGCAAUCAAGUUGAAGAAACGUUUCCACUACUGUAUUUCUUCAGCUGUUCCAAUGGGAUUUUCUCUUAGUAAAUCUGCUACUCAGGUAUCUGCUAUGUGUAUGGAUUCAAAAGUGGAUGAUCACUUAAUGCAAGGGACUGAGAAAAACAAGUUGGAACCAGUGACUCAGUUAUUUCAAAACACCAAGAAAAUAAGAUUAGAAGACACAAACCAAGAAGACUUUACAAGAAGUAAAGAGAAUGGCACAGGAUCUCUUUCAGAGAAAGCCUUGGGUUCAGUGGUUUAUGUUAAAGAAAGUGAUGGAAUAGAAAUGACAGAUGUGGAAUGAAGUUAUCUGUACAUAUUACCACAGAAACCAAAAAUUGCUUUUGACUAAGAGGGCAUGUUGAAUGAGAACUUAACCUCAUUAGGAAAACCUAACAAAAUGAAGGAAGAUGACUGCUUUUUUCCCACUGUUUGUGAAUCACCUUAGACUGCAUUUUUAGAUGACACCUACUCAAAAUAGCUGCUUUAGGGACAAAAAACUCUCCAAAAUUCAAAGCAGAUUUCUCUGGUAUUAUGUUCUAUCCUUGUCAAAAUCAGAGUAUUUGAGUAACAGUAUUUGAAUGGCACCAAAAUAUAUUAAUUAUAAAGUAUUUACAAUCUGACAUCAGUAUGUCACACUAUUUCUG